AAAAAAGGCGAAGUUUCGAUAUACAAAAUGAAGUACGUACCAUUUGACCACUGCAAGAGCUACUACAGGCGGACCGGGCUGGAUUUUGACACUCUAUGGCCGGCGCACACGACGUGUGCCCAGAGUGUGCUGGGCGGCGAGUGCGUGUGGCGCAGCGGUGCCAUACUCGUCACCAAGGUGGACCAUCGAUGGAGACUGUUGGGUUUCGGAGUGUACGGCCCCGGUUGUCAGGCUCCGGCCAGGUUCCUAGACUACGGCAUGUACCACACGUGGGUGAAAGAAACAUUUACCGACAUUGGGAAACCUGCUCUCUCCACGGUUGCGGACAAUCACCUCGUGAUGCGAAGAAGUAUGUUCUUGUUUUAUUCAACACUAGUUUCUGCCAGCGGCUUCACCCGCGUUCCUGAGGGAAAAGUGGACCUAUUUGUUGUUCCAGACCGACAGAGUCACGGGGAGCCAAUGGAUGCAGGUGGCGAGGACUAA